CUCACAGCGAAAUACUAGUUGAGGCAGAGGAAGCGGGAGGCAGGCAGGCAGCGCGGCGUGUAUUGUUUACUUAGAAAUACGUUUAGCCGCCGUAAUUCAACGUUUAAACCCAGCGAGGAAUUGACUGGAGCCCAGCGGACACUUAUUUCACCGACGAGAGUGGUUUAGAGUGACCAGACAGGAAGAUGGAUGAGCUGCAGGAUGUACAGCUGACUGAGAUCAAGCCGCUGCUGACCAAUAAGAAUGCACGGAACUUUCAAGAUUUCGACUGCCAGGAGCACGACAUUGAGACUCCACAUGGCGUUCUCCAUGUGACAAUGAGAGGUGUUCCUAAGGGCAACAGACCCGUCAUCCUCACCUAUCACGACAUCGGUCUCAACCACAAGUCGUGCUUCAACACCCUGUUCAACUAUGAGGACAUGCAGGAGAUCACCCAGCACUUUGCCGUGGUUCAUGUGGACGCGCCUGGCCAGCAGGAGGGUGCCCCUCCCUUCCCCAGCGGGUAUCGUUACCCGACCAUGGACGAGUUGGCUGAGAUGCUGCCCUCUGUGAUGACUCAGCUGAAGGUCAACAGUGUGAUCGGCAUCGGCGUGGGAGCAGGAGCGUACAUCCUCACCCGCUUUGCACUGAACAACCCCACCCUGGUGGAGGGGCUGGUUCUGAUCAAUGUUGAUCCAUGUGCUGAAGGCUGGAUUGACUGGGCUGCUUCAAAGCUGUCUGGAUGGACCAGUAACUUGGUGGAUAUUGUCAUGGCUCACCACUUCAGCACUGAUGAGCUGACAGAGAACCAGGAGCUGAUCCAGACCUACCGCCUCCACAUCGCCCAAGAUAUCAACCAGGACAACUUGGCCCUCUUCUGCGGCUCCUACCAAUACCGUCGAGACCUUGAGAUCGAGAGGCCAGUUGUAGGUCUGAAUGAGGACACAGUCAACACACUAACAUGCCCUGCUUUGCUGGUGGUUGGUGACACAUCACCUGCUGUGGAGGCUGUGGUGGAGUGCAAUUCCAGGUUAAAUCCUACCAAGACUACAUUGCUAAAGAUGGCUGAUUGUGGAGGCUUGCCCCAGGUUGUGCAGCCUGGGAAACUCGCUGAGGCAUUCAAGUACUUUGUUCAGGGCAUGGGCUACAUUCCCUACGUUCUUCUCAGUCACUUGAGCAACGAAUCAGUGCCGUCAGCAGGAAUGACUCGUCUGGCUCGCUCACGUACCACCUCCUCUUCCAGCAUCACCUCCAUGGACAGCAGUCGCAGUCGCAACAACCUCAACAGCCUGCUGGAGGGCAGCGCCACCGGGGCCCUGGACAGCCAGGCCGGGCCCCAGACCAUGGAGGUCUCCUGCUAAACCCCACUGUGUCCCUGCACUCUCCCAUAGUAACUUAUGUGCCCCCCUGCCCUCUCUGUCUCUCUCUCUCUCUCUCUCUCUUGCCCCCUCUCUCUUUCUCUCUCCUCAGCAACUCAAUGCCAGGAGAAUCUGUAAUGACCUAUGUGAUUAGAAAGGAGGAUGUAAUGAAUAUAUUAACAGAUGCAUAUUAUAAAAUAUUAUAUUAAAUACACUGUCAAAGUCACAUUCCUAUCAGAAACCAUAGUUACAUUCAGAUGUGUUGUAUAUUCCAAUGGUUAAACCAUAUGAUUGACCAUAUGACUCAACUGUCCAACCUUGUAUUUAUUUUUUUUUUCAUAUUGUCUUUGUUUUGAAUGUCUUCACACGCUGUAGAAACCCUCCUUGUGUUCAAAAUAAUGUUUGUUUUUUUUAACUCUUAACAUAUGGGCUACAUUGAUUGUGAGUCAUUUGUAUCUUUGUUAUUACUUCCAAACUUGCUGCAAUGCAAAUUACUCACAAAGUCUACAAAAAGACCACUAAAUCUACAGCUGCCGCAGAAAUAGGACUGCAGCACACACUUAAAACCUUGACGCCAGGUAAAGUGAUGGUACAUGGAAGUAGCAUUGCAUACUGUAGCACACUAAGCAAAACUAAGUCAAAUCCUUGUAGAGAGUUGCUUUUGAACACUAGGUUGUGUCUCACUUCACAAUACGUUCAUUUGCUUUGGAUUGUUUUUUGUAAUUGGACUCAUCAUCUCCUUUUCCUUUCUGCUUUGUGUUGAUGUUUUUGUUCAGUUGAAUAGAUUAUUCAGUGAAGUUUUAACGACCUUUAACAAGUGGAAUCGGAUGUGAAAAGUAUGAGUCUCCUCACGCAGGGGCCAAGUGGUGCUUCUCACUGUCUGCUGAUUCAGCUCAUUUAUAUUACUACUGAAUAAACUACAAGAUGAGAACAUG